AUGUGUUCUUCCACACUCUUCGUCUCCUUCUUCCUCCUCCUUUCUCUGUCCUCGACCAUGGCGGCCCUCGUGAAGGAGCAGCCGCUGGUCCUCAAGUACCACAACGGCGCCCUCCUCAAGGGCACUGUCACCCUCAACCUCGUCUGGUACGGGAAAUUCACCCCGGUCCAGCGCUCCAUAAUCGUUGAUUUCCUCCGGUCGCUCAACUCCGCCGCACCUCCGGCCCCCUCCGUUGCCUCGUGGUGGAAGACGACGGAGAAGUACAAGGGCGCCGCCGGCGCGCCAAGGGUCGUCGUCGGGAAACAGAUCCUCGACGAGAAGUACUCCCUCGGGAAGUCCCUCAAGAACUCGCACAUCGUGUACCUGGCGGCCAGGGGCGGGCACGCCGGCGGGGCGGUCAACGUCGUCCUGACGGCGGAGGACGUUGCCGUCGCCGGGUUCUGCAUGAACCGGUGCGGCGGGCACGGGUCGAACCGGUCGCCGGCCCGAUUCGCGUACGCGUGGGUCGGGAACGCGGCGAGCCAGUGCCCGGGUUUCUGCGCGUGGCCGUUCCACCAGCCGAUGUACGGGCCUCAGUCUCCGCCGCUGGUGGCGCCGAGCGGCGACGUUGGAGUGGACGGGAUGGUGAUCAACCUGGCGACAGUGCUGGCCGGGGCGGUGACGAACCCCUUCAACAGCGGGUACUUCCAGGGGUCGGCGGCGGCGCCGCUGGAGGCGGUGACGGCGUGCACGGGGGUGUUCGGGUCGGGCGCAUACCCGGGAUACGCGGGUAACGUGCUGACGGACGAGGCGAGCGGCGCCAGCUACAACGCGCACGGCGUGAACGGGCGGAAGUAUCUGCUGCCGGCGAUGUGGGACCCGCAGACGUCCAAGUGCGCCACGCUCGUCUGA